UCUACCUCUCUAUUUGGAUCUGUGAUCGGCGGUGGUGAUGUGCUUGCGGCGAUUUGACGGCAGAUUGCCGUUAAUUCGUGGUUUUUGAUCGCGGGCUCGAAAAAGAUGAGAUCUUUGCAUCGAGUAGUCGAGGAGGGUGGCGAAAGACGCCAUUUUUAUUAGGGCAACAUGGGGACGAGGAAAGAGGAGAUGGAAUCGGAGAGGGAGUCCAUCAAGGCGGCUUCCGAAGAGAUCUCUCGCCAAUUCGGAACCCUAGUGGAUGCCGAGGAGAUCGAAUCUAUCAAGCAGCUGCAGCAUCUCAUAAUGGGAAGACUGCAAGACAGUAAUGCAGUCCUUUCACACUUCAAUGAGUAUUCGGAGCGAUGUUAUGCUGAGGUAUCUGGCGACUUCACGAGAAAUGUCCGUCUCUUGAAGUCCAUGAAAUCUGAUCUAGACCACAUUUUUACAAAGCUCAGGAGCAUGAAGGCAAAGCUAAUAGCUACAUAUCCUGAUGCUUUUCCUGAUGGUUCCACUACCAACAUGAUAGAUCAAAGGCCUGACCUUGAAACACCGCUUCCAUGAGUCUCAUGUACAGUUGCAGGAAUGGAUUCGGAGGCAGGAUCGUGUAGCCGGUAUUUUUGUUAGUUUGCCUAUCAAGGGAAAGAAUGGUUUAGAAGCAGUGACAGAUGAUAGUGAUACUUGUCAUAGUUUUGAUCUCGGAGUUGCAUUCGAAAGAUACAUGUUCAUCUGUAGUCAUUCUUCUUUAUUAAGGUUAUAGAACCUGUUUACUGAAUACAUUGGUUGUGUAACUGAGCUACUAAUUCAUAUGUGUUCUCUCUCCA